UCCUCUUCAACAUGAAGAGCUCCACAUACCUGCUGGUCCUGGGUCUUUCCUCCUGGUCUGCGGUGGUUUUUGCCGCUGAUGGAAAUGGAUACUUCAUGUACGCCGACUUCUGGUGCGCCGUGCGAUCCAGAGAGCGGGAGCAGGUGGAGUAUCUGGUCGACUGGUAUUUUAACAAAGAGUACAUGAUGCAGUACAACAGCACAGUGGGGAACUGGACGGGCUUCACUCCGGCUGGAUUCAUCUCUGCGUCCAUCUUUAAUGAGGACAAGCGCGACCUUCUGCAGAGGAAAGUGGAGAGGCAGCUGAUCUGUGUGGACAACGUCAGAUUGGUACUGAACAUUACUGAGGAGAGCAUGGUUGAACCCAGCGUCACUCUUGCGGAGACCGUCGGCUCCGGUGACAAAACAAUGCUGGUGUGCAGCGCGUACGACUUCUACCCAGAACACAUCAGGGUGACGUGGCUCCACGACGGACAGGAAGUGACCUCGGGCGUGACCUUAACCGACGUGAUGACAAACGGAGACUGGACGUAUCAGGUCCACACUUACCUGGAGGUGACUCCUGACCGGCGGGACAAGGUCAGCUGUAGGGUGGAGCACGCCAGCCUCAGAGCGCCCAAGGUUUGCGACUGGGACUCUUCCAUUGAUCGGUCCGAGAGAGGCCUCCUGGUUGGUGGCGUUUGUGCUCUGCUGUUGGGAGCAGUGUUUCUGUCCUCGGGACUGAUAAAGUACAGGAGGAAAAACUCAAACCUCAUAUAAGCCAAAUAAACUGUCAUGAGGAUGUAGUCAACCUGGACUACAUUUUACUCCUAUUUGAAAAAAGAAAUGAAGAAGACUUUGUCUAUA